AUUACUGGGUGUCAAAAAGUAUCAAAAAUCUGGAAAAUAACACACAUGUCAAUAAUUUAGAAAAUAAUACACAAAAGUGUCAAUAAUUUAGAAAAUAUCACACAAAAUGUAUCAAAAAUUUGGAAAAUAACACUCAAAAGUAUAAAAAAAUCUGGAAAAUAACAUACAAAAGUAUCAAUAAUUUAGAAAAUAACACAGAAAAGCAUUAAAAAAAAUAAAAAAUAACAGACAAAACUGUCAAUAAUCUCAAAAAUAACACACAAAAGUAACAAUAAUCUGGAAAAUACCACACUAAAGUAACAAUAAUCUGGAAAAUAAAACACCAAAGUAUCAAUAAUCUAAAAAGUAAAACACAAAAGCAUCAAUAAUCUAGAACAUAACAGAAUAGAAUAGAAUAAAAUAGAAAGCCUUUAUUGUCAUUGUACAACGAGUAUACAAUGAAAUUGGGAGCGCUGCUCCAUUGGUGCUUAGAAAAUAUAUACAAUAAAAAUACAAUACAAUAAAAAAUAAUUAAAAUAGAAUAAAAUACAGUAGAAAUACAAUAAAAUACAACGGGAAAGAGUGGAAAUGGUAGAAAAUAACGGUAAUCUAGAAAAUGACACAGAAAAGUGUCUAAAACUUGAAUUUUAACACACUAAAAUACGCUCUAGAACCUCUUGAAUCAAAUAAUUCGAUAUCUUGAGCUGAAUAAAGGAACCUUUAGAUAUUUCUGGCAGAACUGAUGGAUUUUAUGGAUAUAAUCUUUAAAAUGUUUGAAUCUCUGGCAAUGAACUCGGUUAAAUAAAUUCUGUUCUUUUCUAAAAGUACAACGUCAGAAAGCAGGUUUAGGAUGAUUAACAUGAAGUUUUUGUGGAAACAACCAGAAGAACUUCAAACAUUUACUGACGUUCAUUCAGAACCAAGAGUCUUCAGGAGCUGAAGGUUGAAGUCCUCCAGAUGUUUCAGAGCAUCUGGAUUCACUCCCAGCUGCAGAACCUUCAGUCCUGAUUCUAACAGCAGUUGUUAAAUAAAGGAAACUUUCCUGUGAUCUUUCCUGGCUCUACUUUCCCUCCAGUAAAUCGGUGGAGGUUUAUUCUUUUAGGACCUUUUACACCUCAGAGUCAAAGUCCUCCUCAGGUGUUUUAUGGUGUUGUUGUCACACCUCAGAAUUAGUCUGGAUUAGAUCCUAAACAGACGACAUCACUUCCUGCAGCUAAACACAAACUCUCCGUGUUGCUGAGCUCGCUUCGGUCCAACAUGGACGCCCAGUUCUGGUUCUGGUUGGUUUUCCUGCUGGGUGAGAAACUUUUCUGUUUGACCCAAUUCAGGUGAAACCACAUGACUGAAGCUGCCUGUGAGAAUAUUCUGGUCUGGAUUAGAUUUAAUGGCUUCAUGUCUUUGUUGUGGUUUAUUAUGGCGUCAGUUUGGUGAAACGAUGAAAGAUUUUAACUAAAUUGUUUAUUUACCUUAUAUCAUUUACUUACUUACCUGUAAAACUUUUAGAAACACACCAGCUGAAUUCAUUUACUGCUGUGAGCAUGCUAAGCUAAUUUCCUGCAAAAUGUUAGCAUGCUAGCUUGUGUCACUGUUAAAAAAUACCACAUUAUGUAUGUAUUACUAUCUACUGAUAAAUUACUGCUAAUAAUACUACUGCAAUACUUCUCAGUAAUACCUGCUGUUCCUUCAGCCUCAUGUACAGCCUCAUGUUCCUGCAGGUACUGCAAUCAGUUCAGAGAGUACUACUAUGAGUCCAGAGAGUACUACUAUUACUCCAGAGGGUACUACUGAAACUUCAGCUGGUAGUAUUCCAACCCAAGCAACUACCGAUCCUACUACUCCUAAUACUCCUGCUACUACUACUCCUAUUAUUACUACUACUCCUAAUACUCUUUCUACUACUCCUACUAGUCCUCCUAAUACUCUUCCUACUACUACUACUACUAGUCCUCCUACUACUUCUCUUACUACUCCUACGACUUCUCCUACUAGUCCUACUCCUACUAAUUCUUCUACUACUGCUACUGCUCCUACUCCUACUAAUUCUUCUACUACUGCUACUGCUCCUACUCCUACUAAUUCUUCUACUACUGCUACUGCUCCUACUCCUACUCCUACUACUUCUCCUACUACUCCUACUCCUACUCCUACUACUUCUCCUACUACUCCUACUCCUACUCCUACUACUUCUCCUACUACUCCUACUCCUACUCCUACUACUUCUCCUACUACUCCUACUCCUACUCCUACUACUUCUCCUACUACUCCUACUCCUACUACUCCUGAUCCUACUACUACUCCUACUACUCCUACUCCUACUCCUACUACUUCUCCUACUACUCCUACUCCUACUCCUACUACUUCUCCUACUACUCCUACUCCUACUACUCCUGAUCCUACUACUACUCCUACUACUCCUACUCCUACUCCUACUACUUCUCCUACUACUCCUACUCCUACUCCUACUACUUCUCCUACUACUCCUACUCCUACUCCUACUACUUCUCCUACUACUCCUACUCCUACUCCUACUCCUACUACUUCUCCUACUACUCCUACUCCUACUCCUACUACUUCUCCUACUACUCCUACUCCUACUCCUACUACUUCUCCUACUACUCCUACUCCUACUACUCCUGAUCCUACUACUACUCCUACUACCACCACCCUGGUGUGUUCAAACGGUGGUUUUCUAUUGGAUAGAGUCUGCAUCUGUCCUGAUGAAUGGACCGGAGAGACCUGCUCAGUCGUGAACUUCUGCAGCUCCCAGGAGUUGGAUGGAUUCCAGUUCCCAGAAACACCAAUUGGAUGGUUCUCCUAUUCUGAGGAGGUUUGUCCUUCAGGAACCAGCGCUGCUGGUAAACCCGAAGCUUCAACCAGGUGUUUGUCCAACAACGGAUCACCGAGUUUCGACCGUCCACAGGUCCUCCAGUGUGACCAGACGCUCAGCAACAUCCAGAACAAUCUCACCAGUGCAGCUGAUUUAGAGACACUGGCGACCAGCACUCAGAUCCUGACGUCCAGACCUGAAGAACUGACCUCAGAAAACGUAACAGCAGCAGCUAACAUCGCCAACACACUGCUGCUGUCUCCUAACGCCACAGAGAGUGUCCGAGUGGCGGCUGUAGCAACAGUCAGUCAGCUGUUGAACACCAGUGUUCUCGCUGAGGACAACACAACUCUGAGCCUGACAGUGACUCUGGAUCAGCUGUCGGUGAACCUCAGCCUCAGUCAGGACACGUCUCAGUCUCAAGUGGUCCAGCCGAACCUGGUGGUCCAGUCGGCCCAGAUCCCUGCAGCCGACACCCAGGGAGUCCAGUUCACGUCCUUCACAGGGACGUCCGGCAGUUUUGUGGCCAACAGGAUUCAGCUGAACACCAACACGUCGGACGUUGUGAUAGAAGAUGGCUUCAUCGCUGACGCACUGAUUUAUGUUCGAUUCCCAGAAGCAGCUGUCAACAGACGUCAGAGUCCAUCCAACGUCUCUCUGGGUUUCAUCCUCUACCAGAACGACCGUUUCUUCCAGUCGAGGCUCUACGUGCAGCGCCGGGCCUCCAUCAGGGUCCUGUCAGGCAGCGUCCACGGUCAGGACGGCAACAUGACGCCGCAACACGUGGAGAUGAUGUUCAGACCAACACUGCCAAGUGGCUCGACUCUGCACGACUUCUCCUGUGUCUUCUGGAGCUUCAGCUUGCAGGACUGGAGCACCACCGGCUGCUCCAAAGGCAACGCUGCAGACGGAGUCCUGAGAUGUUUCUGCAACCACACCACCAACUUUGCCGCUCUCUUCUCCUUCAGAGAGAAUUAUGACUAUGCAGAAGCUCUGGACAUCAUCUCUAUCAUUGGACUGUCUGUCUCCAUUCUGGGUCUGGUUGUAACCAUCAUUUUCUACAUCAGGGAAAAGUUUCGGAGGAAAUCCGGUGAACAGAACCUCCUGAACUCGGAGUUAGCUGUGCUAUGUGUCUGCUGCAGCCUGCUGGCCUUCAUCAUCACCUUCCUCAGCGGUGUGCACAACUCCAGCAGGCCGAGCGACGGCAAGCUGGGGGUCAACGACCAGACCAACGAGGUUCUGCCGUCUGACGAACACGUGGAACCAGACCGUGGCCCAUGCACGGCGGUCACAGCGCUACUGCACUUCUUCCUGUUGGCCACCUUCACAUGGAACAGCUUGUACGGGACUCAGCUGGGGCUGCUGAUCUGGUCGAUGCGUCGCAGUUUACCUCCAUACUGGACGGCACUGAGCAUGACCGUGGGAUGGGGAAUCCCAGCGGUCGUCAUGGCGAUCACACUGGUAGUUACCUACAGAGUGGAUGAUCCUCUGGGCUACCGACAGGAGGAAUUCUGCUGGCUUGCAGCUCUGGAUACAAACAAACACUUCAGCUUUAGGAAGCCGAUGUUCUUGGGUUUCAUCCUUCCAGUUGGUCUGAUCCUCAUCUACAACAUCAUCCUGUUGAUUCUCACCUCCGUGAUCACCUGCAAGGUCGACCCCAACCUGACCAGCACCAACCAGCUGUCUCUGACCAGGAAGGUUCUGGUCAGCUUCUCUCUGGCUGUGAUGUUGGGUUUGUCCUGGACUCUGGGUUACCUGGUUCUGGUCACCACCGGACAAGCUCAUCUUGUCUUCAGCAUCAUUUUCUGCAUCCUUACCACCACACAGGGGUUUCAGAUCUUCAUCCUCUUCACAGCGAGGACACCGGCCUUCAGGGCUACCUUUCAACGUUCCAUACACUACGUUUCCUCCAUCAGCCUCCCAUUAACGACCAAGACCUACUUCCUGUGGAAGGACGAAGGGAACUCAAGUACAACCGAGACCUACAGGGAGAGGAAGGAGAGUGAAUCUCUGUAAACUUUGUCAAAACUGGUCUUUCAUUGGUCCAAACCAGUCCUUAAAUAGUCCAAACUGGUUUUGCAAUGAUCUCAACUGGUCUUUAAAUGGUCUAAACUGGUCUGUUAUUGAUCCAAACUGGGUUUUUUAUGGGUGAAAAUAGUCUUUUCUUGGUCCAAACUGGUCUAAACUGGAUAUUAAUGGACUAAAAUGGUUAAUAAUGGUCUAAACUCAUUUUUCAUUGGUCCAAACUGGUCUUUAAAUGGUUCAAAUCAUUCUUUAAAUGGCCUAAAGAGAUAUUUGACAGGGCUAAUGAGUUAAUUAAUCCUGACAGUGGAGAAUUUAAUGAUCUAAACUUGCUUUGAUAGGCUAAAAUGGUUAAUAAUGGUCCAAACCAGUCUUUUAUUGGUUCAAGCUGUUCUCUUUUUGGUCCAAACUGGUCUUUAAAUUGUUAUUACAAUGUUAGGCUUUAUUGGUCUACACUGGUUAUUGCUGGUCUAAAUGGGUCUAGUACUGGUGUUAAUGGUCUAAACCAGUUGUGAACAGGUAGACCUCCAGGUGGUGACAGUGAGUUUGGGUUUCCACCAUUAAUUCCUGAAUAAAAAGAUGAAACUUGCAGCUCUGCUCAUCACAAACCCAAACUGAGCAUAUUUGAUAUAAAAUAGGGUAAAGAUCAUUUUUAUGAUCAGUUCUGUGUCUUUCAGCAUGAGGUUUGAUGUUUCCUGUUUAAAUGUUUUUAUUUUGUAUAUUUGAUGGUUAAAAUCUGCAGAUUAUUUCUGUUGAAGUCUUUUUUAAACUGUGAUUGUUGUCAAUAUAAAAUUCAUCAUUUAUAGGAACAAACAUGUUUAUGUUCAGAAGAACUGUGAGUGGUCUGAAAUGUGAAGAAAACAGUUAUUGUACAGACUGAGUCAUUCAGAUGAGAUGAUGUUAAUGACUGAUAGAUGUCGGUUACAGAAGUCUGACUCAUCACUGUUCAGCUGUACUGCUGACGAUGUUUCAGUGGCUGUCUGGACCUUGGAUGAAGGUAUCAUUCAAAACUAGGACAUUGUUAGAAAUCUGGGCGUGACCUUGGCUCGGGCUCUUCCAUUUGGCUCCCACAUACGAGAAGUGACAAAAGCAGCUUUCUCCCACCUUAGGAGGAUUGCUAAGAUUCAGUCUUUGUUGUCUUAUGGAUGCUGAAGUUCUUAUCCAUUCAUUUGUGUUUCAGACUGGAUUAGUGUAAUGCUCUCCUGUGUGGCUUGCCUAAGAGGAGCUUUCAAAGCCUUCAGACGGUGCAGAAUGCAGCAGUCCACAUUCUGACGGGAACAAAGAAACAUGAGCACAUUUCACCAGUAUUAGUCUCACUGCAUUGGCUCCCAGUUCAUGUCAGAGCUGAUUUUAAGAUAUUACUUUUAACUUAUAAAGCGGUAAAUGGCAUUGGGCCGUCAUGCUUAAAGGAGCUGGUUGCUCCAUAUGAAGCAGCAAGUCUUUGUGCUCCCAGGGGACGGGUCUGCUGGGUUAGAAAGAAGACGGUCGGUGUGCGGGCUUUUUGUUCACGUGCACCGUCUUUAUGGAACGCCCUUCCCUCUGACAUUUGGGAAGCUUGCUCAGUAGAAGCAUUCAAAGCUAAGCUAAAGACUCACUUGUUCUCUGCUCUGUAUGAAUCCUGUGAGGUUCUCGAUAGUCAGCCAUUGUUUUUAUUUCUAAGCUACCGUUUUAUUUCUUAGCCAUUGUUUUUAUCCAUUAUCAUUUUAUUGUAUUUUAUUUGUUGCUUGCACUGUAAAGGACUUUGAUUUGAAAGUGCUAUAUAAACAAAGUUUUUAUUAUUAAUGGCAGAAAGUGACAAUUACUGUUAAAAAAUGGAACAUUCAAUCUCCUUUCAGUUUCUUUAACAAUCUUGACUGUUGCUGGUCAGUAGUGAUGUCGAGAUGAAGCUUCAUGAAGCACUGAGGCUUUCCAUCCAGUUGGUUCACUCAUGGGUCGAAGCUUCAUGGUGCUUCUUUUGCUCUACUGCGCCACCAAGUGGACAAAUACAGUACAACAGGCAGAGUACCUAUAAUGACACACUGGCUUUGCUAUGUGAAGCCUUGAAUUGUGUUUAAAUGAUAAUGCCAAUAAACAUAUAAUAUACUUAAUAUAGUGUCUGUUUUCCUGACAGCAGAGAGAGAGAGGGAAGUGGAAACAAAUGGGGAGAGAUUUGAGAUCUGUAGUUUGACUGCUUGAUUGAGGUCAGGUUCUGGUUUUCUGUAAAGUGUUUAAAUACUUUUAAUUGUAAUAAGGGCGACAUAAAUAAAAUGUGCUUGUGCUUC